AUGUCCGCCGCCACCGCCUCUUCGCCGCAGCCGCCGGAGGCCAUCCGCGGAACCCUCAUCCCCGUCCUGCCCGACGACCUGGCCGUCCAGUGCAUCGCGCUCCUCCCGCGCGCCGCGCACCCAACCCUCGCCCUCGUCUCCCGCGCGCUGCACGCGCUCCUCUGCCUCCACCCGGAGCCCCUCCUCGCCGCCCGGCGCCGCCUCCGCCGCUCCGACCCCCACAUCGUCGUCUCGGUCCGGCCGCCCUACUCCGCGUCCCCUCGCUUCUUCCUGCUGCUGCCGCAUCCCGGGUGGCCCCCUCUGCCUCUCCCCUCCCCCCCGAUCCCCGUCUCCUCCUCCUCGGCCGUCGCCGUCAACGGGCACCGGCUCUACCUCGUCGGCGGAUCCGUGGCCGGGAUCCCCGCUUCGUCGGUGCAGAUCCUGGACACCCGCACCAGAUCCUGGUCCAUCGGCCCGCGCCUCUCCUCCCCGCGGGAGUUCGCUGCCGCCGCGGUCCUUCCCGGUCUGCUAUUCGUCGCCGGAGGCUGUGUUCCGUCGUCCCCAUUCUGGGCCGAGGCUCUCGACCUUGCUUCCCCUUGCGCCAGGUGGUCCACGGUCCCCAGCCCGGACCACCUCCGGGAGAAGUGGAUGCACGGCUGCGUGUCGCUCGCCGGGAAGGUCCUUGCGGUGGCCGACCGCGGCGGCUUGGUCUACCACCCGGCGGCGCCACCUGGUGAGGCGUGGGUGCCGGUCUCCCCGGUCCUUGACAUGGGAUGGAAGGGCCGUGCUGCCGUGGUCGGUGGAAUCCUCUACUCCUACGAUUACAUGGGGCAGGUCAAGGGAUAUGAUCCAGAUACUGAUGCCUGGAACACGGUGGAAGGGUUGGAGAAGGAGCUGCCGAGGUUCCUGUGUGGUGCCACUCUUGCCAAUGUCGGCGGAUUGCUCUACCUGAUCUGGGAAGGGAAGUUGAAAGGGAAAGCUAGUAAUGAAAAAGGCAAAGUGAAGGACUUGGUGAUUGAAUGGGCUACCAUUGAGGUCACGAGGGCCGAAGAGGGGCGGUUAAGUGGGAAGGUAAUAUCCAGGGAUACUGCUGUGUUCACAGACAUGCCGAGGGGUUCUGCGAUCACACAUUGCAUUUCAUUGGAUCUAUGA